AUGACACAUAAAGCAGGGAUUGAGGGAGUUGAAAAAUUAUUCAGGGAUCUUAUGGAUAAUUUUGAUCUAUUGGAUCAAGGUUGCAAAAGAUACAAGAGAGCAAAAUUAGACCCCAAUUUCACAGAAUAUCUACUGCGGAUCGGCAAUGGAACAAAGCCAGUAAUAAAGGAUGAAAAUGUUGAGAUACCUUCAAAAAUGCUCAUUAGAUAUUCCACUGAAGAAGAAUCAUUAGCUGCUCUAAUCAAUAUAGUGUAUCUAGAUUUUUCAAUAUUUGCUAGCAGCAACUAUUCUGGAAUCAAUAGAUCUAUCCUGACUACAGAGAAUGAUUUCGUAGAUGAGAUCAAUGAUUCUCUAAUUCAGAAAUUUCUAGGAGAUUCUUUUGACUAUAUAAGUCAUGACACAUGCCUAGAUCCUUCUCAACAAGCAAUUCUAGAAGAUUUCAUAAAUAGCCUCGCGCCUAAUGGGUUACCUCCACACCACUUAACUCUAAAGCAAAAUACACCAAUUAUGUUGCUUCAGAACAUUGAUCCACCUAAGGGGCUAUGUAAUGGCACUGGACUUGUGUGUAGAUCAUUGAAAUCUAAUGUAAUAGAUGCUGUUAUAAGCUCAGGUGAAUUCAGUGGAAAGCAAGUAUUUCUACAUAGGAUUUGCUUUAGAGUUGAAGAUGAUCCAACUUGUCCAAUCUCCUUUGAAAGGAUACAAUUUCUAGUACAGCUGUGUUUUGCAAUGACUAUCAACAAAACUCAGGGUCAAACUUUAGACUUUGUUGGCAUAUAUCUUCCUGAGCCUAUAUUUUCACAUGGCCAACUUUAUGUUGACAUUUCAAGAGCUAAAAGUAGCAAUUCUGUAAAGGCCCUUAUAAGACCUCUUAUACAUAAUAUUACAUUAGACAAUUUGACUCCAAAUAUAGUCUAUCAAGAAGUUUUGCACUUGGCUAAUGCAUAG